AAAAAAAAAAAAGGAAAAAGCCAAAAUGUAUAUUUGUACAUCUAUCUAUUUUUUUUUUUUUUAUUGUUUGAAACUUCAAAGUCGUGAUACAUUACAGCGAAAAUCUAUUAAUACAUAUUAUCUUUAUCAAUGCACCCAUCCUCUUUUCGGGAUGAUGAUUUACACGCGGGAGAAGAACGAAAAAAAAAAAAAAUCCCUCUUCCGUCCGUUUAUCGUGUGAAAUAGGUGAUACUAAACAUCUUUUAAGAGCCUAGAUUUUCUAGGACUU